CUCUCUACGCGCAUUCCGUGUUAUCAUUUUUAAGCUACACCUCCUCCCCCUCCCUUGCUGUUUCUAAACCUCAUGCUUCUCUCGUAGCUCGCGCAAACGAACCAUGAGUGAAGCUAUGUCGGGGCCUCUCGACCGAUUCCAAAUACCUGGUCAGGAAGGCCUUCCAGAUCAAGAAAAGCGAGACAGAAGAUCUGACAUCGAGAACUCAGAGGACGACAGGAAGACAAGAAUCGGGUCUUUAAAGAAGAAGGCGAUCAAUGCGUCGACAAAGUUCAGAAAUUCGCUGACGAAGAGGGGCAGGAGAAGCAGCAAGGUUAUGUCAGUCUCCAUCGAGGACGUGCGCGAUGCUGAGGAGAUGCAGGCUGUCGAUGCCUUCCGCCAGACUCUCAUUCUCGAGGAACUGCUUCCCUCCAGACAUGAUGACUACCACAUGAUGCUAAGGUUUCUUAAAGCAAGGAAGUUCGAUAUUGAAAAGACGAAGCAAAUGUGGGCUGAUAUGCUCCAAUGGAGAAAGGAAUUCGGCGCCGACACAAUAACAGAUGAUUUCGAUUUCAAAGAGAUCGACCAAGUUUUGGAGCACUACCCACAAGGCCACCAUGGAGUAGACAAGGAAGGCCGACCAGUUUACAUCGAAAGGCUUGGGCAAAUCGACGCGAACAAGCUGAUGCAAGUCACGAAUAUGGACCGAUACGUUAAGUAUCACGUUAGGGAGUUUGAGAGGACCUUCGCAGUUAAAUUCCCUGCUUGCUCGAUCGCAGCGAAGCGGCAUAUCGACCAGAGCACGACAAUUCUCGAUGUCCAAGGAGUGGGGUACAAACACUUCAAUAAGACUGCGAGAGAGUUAAUCAGCCGCCUUCAGAAGAUCGACGGAGAUAACUAUCCCGAGACCUUGUGCCGCAUGUUCAUCAUCAAUGCCGGUCAGGGAUUUAGACUGCUUUGGAACACCGUAAAGACCUUCCUUGAUCCUAAAACCACCGCAAAGAUUCACGUUCUGAGCAACAAGUACCAAAGCAAGUUGCUUGAAGUGAUUGAUGCCAGUGAAUUACCGGAGUUCCUUGGUGGCACUUGCAACUGUGAGGGUGGUUGUCUUCGGUCCGACAAAGGCCCAUGGAAGGAUCUCGAAAUCCUGAAGAUGGUUCAAAGUGGCUAUGGGAGAUGUGGGAAGCCAAACUCAAACUCUUUCAGUGCCGACGAGAAAACAAUUUCUGAGGAUGAGAUAUUCUAUCCCAAGAUGCAAGAAUCUUUCUCUGGAGAGAUGAUUUUUCCCACAGACGAUAUUCGAUCUCCGAAACCAUCGAGGGGCUUUAUUGAACACCCACAUUUGUCUCCCGUCCGUGAGGAACCUGGCUGUCCAGCAUACCAGGUUCCGGAGGCCGAAGAAACUCUUUCCUCCUCGUAUUCUUGCGAUGAUCACAUCCCGAUUGUUGACAAGGCCGUCGACGCUAGCUGGAACAAUGAAGUACAAGACCAAAAACUUGCAAUGAUAUCUAAAGAUCCCUACUCAUUGGCAGAUAUCUGCCAAAACUCAGGAGGACUUGGCAGCCCCGUCCUCGGAGGAGUCAUGGCCGUGGUUAUGGGCUUAGUCACCAUCCUCAAAGUCAGCCGCGUCGUGUCCAAGAAAAUAGUCGGGGCGGCCAUCGACUGCACGAACCCUGCUUACGGAGAAGCUGCAGUCAGAAGCCAAAAGCAGUUAUGCAUGAUGAGUGAACCUCAAGUAUCAGCUGCUGAAUACAAUGCGGUGAUUAAGCGCCUUGUGGAAAUGGAAGAGAAGAUGAACAUUCUCAGCAUGAAGCCUGUUGAGAUGCCUUCUGAGAAGGAGGAGAUGCUUAAGGCUGCAGUGAGCCGCGUCGAGGCGUUAGAAUCCGAGCUCGCAGCCACCAGAAAGGCUCUCGAGGAUGCUUUCUCGCAGCAGGAGGAGCUUCUUGCUUAUAUUGAUAAGAAGAAAAAGAAGAAGAACAAGUUGAACCCAUUUUGCUGGUAAAAGAAUGCAGUGAGAAGAGAGAGAAAGCACCAUGUAAAGUAAAAAUAUGAAACUUUUAAGAGGUUGGUUAAUUUUCUUUUAUAUGAGUUGCAACCUUAUAUGUGUUUAUUCUUGGGUGAACUAAUCCAAGCUUUCGGUUAAAAGUACAUAUGUAUUACUCAAAUGAUUCCUUUGGGAUCACAUACAUUUUAUUUGUUAUUCGAUUGUAUGAUUUACCAAGUUGAUUGUUAUGUACAUACAUUCUAUUUUA